AAGAUUAUGAUUAUGAUUAUUGUUAUUUUAUUCCUUGAAAUGUGAUGAAAUUGCCUCCGUGCCUGUGCUCAUCAGCCAAAAAGCCGGUGCCCGAUUCCGCCGUGAGCGCACUGUCGUCUCCAUCUCCGAGCAACUGAGCGGCGACGCUGCGCUCUGCACGAUCUUCAUCAUCACGCUCCCGAUUCCGACCUCUGAAGAAUAAGAAGAAACUUUUCUCGUUUACAUAUGACGGAGGACAGUGGCGUUAGGGUUUCCUCCGACGAACCCAUCGCGGUUCCCAAUAUCGAUCCCUCUUCUCAAACUAAGCCAAGAAAGAAAAGAAAGUGGGAUCAACCUGCGGAGUCCUUUCUUUCUACUGGUACUGCAGUUCCAGGGGUUCUCCCAUCAUAUAACCUGACGCCCCUUGGUGGGGUUGAUGUCGCCAGUGUGGUGGCGCUGGCACAAGUUUCUUCAGUUAACUGUGCAACCUUAACCCAGUCAAAGAUUCAAGAUGAGUUAAUAGCAAGAGAAAUAUCAAUAAAUGAUGCAGAGCCUUCUGUACGGUACAAGCUUACAAAGCGUCAGACACAGGAGGAGAUUCAAAGACACACUGGUGCCGUGGUGAUAACAAGGGGCAAGUAUCAUCCUCCAAACACGCCUCCAGAUGGUAACAAGCCACUUUAUCUUCACAUCUCUGCAGGAGCCCAUUUGAAAGAUAUGGCGGAAAGGAUUUUAGCGGUUGAUCGAGCUGCUGCCAUGGUCGAAGAAAUGCUGAGACAGGGUCAGAAUUUGGCACCAUUGUCUUAUAAUUCUUUAAACAACGAGUUCAAGGUUAGUCAGCCAUUGAGCACGAGUGUGUUCUUGGGCUUUGACACAGACCCAUCUAUGAACAUUGCUGCUCGAAUACGGGGACCAAAUGACCAGUAUAUAAAUCACAUAAUGGCUGAAACAGGAGUAACUGUCUCUCUGCGAGGACUUGGUUCGGGAAGUACUGAAGGUGCAUGUGAAGAACAACCUUUGCAUUUAUUCUUAGCAAGCAAUAAUUCCAAAAAUCUUGACGAUGCCAAAAAUUUGGCUGAAAACCUGAUGGAUACAAUCAGUAAAGAAUUUGGUGUUUCAAGGGUUUCAUCAUGUAAGGUUUAUAGUGCUGUUCCACCUCCACAGCAGGUUUAUGGAGCUGUUCCACCUCCACUCCAGGUCUAUGGAGCUAUUCCACCUCUGCCAAAGGUUUAUAGUGCUGUUCCACCUCCACUAAUUUGUUCAACACCACAGUUCACGAGAGUUGAGAGUUUGGGAAAUGAGCCGACUUCAAGUUCAGCUUCAAGUUUGAUCUCUUCAGCUUCUCCUACCAUAGUCUCUCCAGUUUCUUCAGUUAUACCAGGAGUUGCUCCUGUCGUCGCUCAUGGUUCAAAAUUACAACCUGGAUUGCCACAGUCUCAAUCAACCGCCAUUGGUUAUACCAGGCCACUUAUAUCUGGUGGGACAAACUAUAAUGGAUAUAGUGGAAUAUAUCCUCAAGCAACACCUUUGCAGCAAGUUGCCCUAGCCCUUAAACAAGUAUCUUCAACUACCACGCCUGUAGCUGUCCCAAACAGGUCAGCACUGAGCAUGUCAAAUAUGAGUGUUAACUUUGAUGCAGAGAAAGAAAAACACCCUCAUCAGAGACGGAAAUUUCAAGAGCUACCAGUUUGUGUGCAGGGUUCCUCAUUAAGCAAUCAGGAUUCAGAACUUUUGAACCCCUCAAACAAAUCAACUGAUUCCUCCAUGAGAAACGUAUCAAAUAUGCCAGCUCCUAGGAAGCUAGUUCAACCUUCAUCCAACGGAAUGGCACCACCUCCACCUCGACCACGAUCCAUGCCACCUCCACCAACACCAGUAAAAUCUACAUCAACAGUUAAGGUUAUAGUGCAAGAUAAGGAACUUUCGUUGGACACCAUAAAACAUGAUGUCGUCUCAGAUACAUUAGUGAAGCUAAUGGAAUAUGGAGAAGAAGAUGAUGAUUCAGAGGAAGGGGUUGAAUCAUUGAACAACAAUAACACUUCUGGUAGCAUAGCAAAUCGAAAACCUUUCUGGGCCGUGUAAAAGUUCAAACAUCGUUCACUCCUAGAUACUCAUUUUGGAUGAAGAGAUGCUGUUGAUGCGUUCAACCUCUGAUGCAACACGGUAAGACAAACGGGAAUUAAAGGGCGCUUUUAGAUAUAUAGUUGAUGAGGGUAUGGGUAUUAUUAGAAAAUGUUGUAAAUUAGUGGUUUCUCCAUACUAGAUUGGUAGUUGCAUUCCAAGAUAAUUACAUUUGUAAGCUUACAACAUUGUUUGAGCAAGUAUAAUGCUCGAAGCUUUACUGCUAUAUUUCCAAGAUGAAUGCAUUUAACAAAACGAAGAAGCAACAAAUAGUGUGUAUUCAAAAUAGAGAGAGAGAAGAAAUUAGUGUUGAAUUAGUCGUCGUCUCAGUUUGGAAUGUUGGGACGGGAUGGGAAUAAGAGUUGAAGUCAACGAGGGAUUAUCUAUUCUUAUCAGUACGAGGUUUGGAAGAUUUGACUA